AUGUUGGAAGCAAUGGAAAGUUCAGUGAACGGUGGUUUCUCGCAACAUUUACAGAGCUUCGGUGAUAGCAGUGAAGAAGAACUCUCAGUUCUUCCACGUCACACCAAAGUCGUUGUAACUGGAAACAAUCGCACCAAAUCGGUACUCGUUGGUCUUCGUGGUGUUGUCAAGAAAGCUGUUGGACUUGGAGGUUGGCAUUGGCUGGUUCUUACCAAUGGUAUUGAAGUGAAGCUGCAGAGGAAUGCUCUUAGUGUGAUUGAACCACCUACCGGCAAUGAGGUAGAUGAUGACCUUGAAUUUGAGAAUACUCAGUGGCAUGGAUCAGAUAUGGCAUCUGAUGAAACUCAAAAGUCCCACAAAUCAAGGCACAGGAUGCAUAGAUCAUUAGGAUCAUCUCACAAGAGCAUGAGCAGAUCCUUCUCUGUUGAUUCACAAUCCAAGGGAUCCAUUUCCAUGCCUCAUGGGUGGACGAAGGUUGAUUUGAGCAAAUUGGAAAUGGCUGCAUUGUGGAGAUAUUGGCGACACUUCAAUCUGGUGGAUGCUGUUCCAAACCCAUCCAAAGAGCAGCUGGUAGAUGUUGUUCAGAGGCAUUUCAUGUCGCAGCAAAUGGACGAGUUGCAAGUCAUUCGAGGAUUUGUCAAAGCUGCAAAGAGGUUGAAGACAACUAUGUGCAAAUGA